AUGACCUUGGGACUGGUCUGCGAGCCAUGCGAGCCAGAAUGGACGGAAAUUCUCACCAAGGAGCUGCUCUUUAAUUCGGGGCUCGAGAAGCGAGUUUAUGCUGUCCUGCCCUUGUUGCUGGACUCGAAUCAGCCCGGGCCCCCUCAGUCCUGGGACGGCCGGGAUUUGAAGGACAUCGACGGUCAUGACUUUUAUACAAUGCUGCUGGAGCACAUCUUGGAAACUCCAGAGCUAGUCGAGGAGUUUUCCAUGCCUGAUGCACCCGGCAAGUUUAGCAUAGAACCAGUGUGGCGCUGGAUCUGCUCCCUGCGAGAGUUUAAUCGCCUGGCAUUGACGUAUGCACACCUCUCAACUGGUCUCCCCGUGCGUGCGAUGGUAUACACGAGCCUUUUCUAUCGCGACUCCUCCGCCAGCCCCAGAAAUGUCUUCUUCUCCGGAGACCGCUUGGCGUUUGUCGCGCGACGAAGCAAAACCACAUGGAUCAGCAACCGCGAGUCGCAUGCUGCACACUACAUGGACAAGCGGGCCAGUGCGGUCAUGAUGGCGUACCUGUUAUUGUGCAAGCCGCUGGAGGAGCUGUUUGCUGAUGACUUGCAAGAUCGAGACGAAUUGAUCACGUCCUCGGCAAUAGAUCCCAAUUCUCUGACGGAAGAAGAGCAAGAUGAGCUCGAGGCCGACGCAAUGGAGGUCGAAGAUUCAAUCGAGCCAGACACUGUUGGCUCUGUUGACGACCAGCACGACGAUCUACGAGCGGCCAAGCGUGUCGCACAGGAGGGGACGUAUGAGCUGCUGUUCAACAUUGCGCCAAUGCAGCUCGAAAAACAGCUUCGGCCAGGCCAAGUCUACCGAACCAUCCAGGCCGUGACCAAGCGGUUUCUUGGAACCAGCAUCACUGUCAGCGCAUGGCGGCACAUGAGUGUGGCUUGGCUGCGUACACUGGUGUUGCAUCAUACGCCCGAGCCUUCAUUGGGGGCGUUGAAUGUGGCACACUCUCAAAGCCAGCAUGCAGGUCGGACGGCACGCAACGUCUAUGGCCGCACGCAGCUCGAUCACAAGUUUGUGUCCAGUGAAGCACAGUACGGCCACCAGUUUGUGUCUGAGGAAUGGCACAAGCUCAUGAAGCUGGUAGACGUAGAGGAUCAGAUCCAAGCCGAGGCCGUGGAUGGGCAGACCUGCGUGCAACAAGUGGUUCAUAAACAGGUGGUUGUCCAGUCGUCUCGAGUCAGGAACGCCAGCACACAGGUGCAAGCGACCGUGGGCACGCAAACAGAUCCCGAGGUUGAAGCCUGCCUUGAUGCUGAGGACGACAUUGACGAUAUCACUGCCGGGUUGGAUCUAGACGAAGCCGAGGCAGCCGGAUCGUCCAUGCCAGUUGCCGUGCCGCGAGCCGUGGAAGAGGCUGCGUCGACGGCCUUGCAGCAAGAGCCAAGCCAGCACAAUGACCAAACGCAGCAACAAGAGUAUGAGGAUCAGCUUUGGCUUGCUCAAUGUGUGCGGCAAGCGUGGAAGACAACAUUUCGCGACUGGGAUCAGUAUCGAUUGGCACAGGCUGUGACUCGGCACGAAGCACAGGACGGCUGGCUGUUGGCCGUGGCCCCGACUGGCAUGGGCAAGACGCUGUGUACACUCGCUCACCUCCAGCCACGCAGGGUCGUGGUGUGGGUAGUCCCGCUUCGUGAGCUUGCCAGAGACUUGUGCCGCCGCUUCGAGCAGGCUGACAUUGUAUCGCAGUGGGCUAAGAAUGAUGGCCGUGACAUGCAAGUCAACGUUCAAGUGAUUGUCAUGACGGUUGACUUUUUGGUUGGCCAUGGGAUGAGGUGGGUGCAAACACUCGUGCAGCAGAAGCGUCUGGCCAUGCUGGUGAUGGACGAAGUUCACACAAUGCUCGUGGACACCAGCUAUCGAGACAGUCUUGUUCGCUGCCCAGGCCGGCUGGACCAUCUUUGCCAAGACCCAUCUGUCAAGUGUGUGGGCCUCACUGGCACGCUUUGCCCCAAAGAUGAGCGGGCUCUGCUCCAACAGCUGGAUUGCACGGAGGACGCUUCGUACCAGACCUUUCGUAUGCCAACCAUGCGAACCGAUCUUCGGCUAGCGGUGCAACAAGGAACAACAAAGGCAUUUGAGAUGUUUGUGGAACGCCACUAUGACCUGUUGGAGCAAGAGGGCCGCGUGGAUCGCAUGCUGAUUUUUUGUGACACGAAGAAGCAGGUUGAGGCAUUGUCGACUCAGUUGGCACGCACGUUGGGUCACGAGCAGUCGCUGGCCGUGGAUGCUGACAUGUCAGCCGAAGACACACGGGCGGCUCUUGAGCAGUGGAGGAGCGGCACGCAGAGUCUGGUCUUGGUGGCCACAAGCUGCUUGGGCGCGGGCUUGGACAUGCCCAACGUUCGGAAGGUGAUCUGGUUUGGCAGCGGCUACAACGGCUAUACCUUGUCGCAGGCCUUUGGCCGGGCUGGCCGCGACCGACGGGGUGGCGAGGCCACGCUAUGGAUUCCACGAGGCACAGCGGUUUUGGAAGACCUGCAGCCAUUUGCAAGCAUGAAGCGCUGCCUGACCUUUGAGCUUGGUUGGCUGUUGGAUGGUAAGGGCCACAUUUGUGCGGCCGCAGGAGCGCCGGCGUGCACCGUCUGCUCCAUGAUGCAACCGACCUUCACAGCGCGCCAUCCAAGCCGUGAAGCACAUGGGGCGCCAGUAUCACACGAGGGCCAGACCCGGGCCAAGCGAGCGCAGUUGAUGGUACCAUCGGCGCCCAUUCAGUCAGACGACUUUAACACGGCUCUGCUAUGGAUGAGCACCUACUGCUGGGCCUGCAGCUGCAGCAGAGACCGCUUGGUUGCUCACCACCAGCCUUCUAGCUGCCCGGCCAUGAAAGGGCGCUGUUUUCGAUGCCACUGCCGCGGUCAUGGUAGUAGCAAUUGCCAAGUGACCUUGGGGGCGGGUGUUUGCUACCGGUGUUGGAGGCCGCAGAAGAUUGGAGGUGAGCGAGUGGUGGAGUGCACGGGGCGGGCCUGUGCCCAGCGCAACCGCGAGGCCAUCCGGGCACUGGUCGCGUCUGUGUCACGCAGUCAAACUUUGCGCGGCAUCAUGCAGCGCAUGGAGUGCCCGGCCGAGCUGCUGGCAGUUGGAGGGCGGCACUUUGACCCGUCGGAGAUGCAGGCGCUUGUGGGCUGGCUGUACGGAGCAGAGGGGCGCGUUGGCCAUCCGCGCGUGUUGAAGUUUGUGAUUGAGGCGAAACGGCAGUUUGCAAUGUUGAAGUGA